AUGGAUGACAUCAUAGUCUACGGCUGUGGACAGACCAUGGAAUCAGCAAUUCGAGAUCAUGACCGCAACUUGACGGCAGUUCUACAAAGAGCUCGUGAGGCAGGACUAAAGCUAAACGAGGACAAGUUCAAACUUCGUCAAACUGAAGUUAAAUAUAUGGGCAGUAUACUUACCGCAGAAGGCAUCCGUCCUGAUCCAGACAAAGUUAGCGCCAUUACAAAUAUGAAAAGACCUGAAAAUGUAAAAGCAGUGCAACGUUUUAUUGGUCUAGCAACAUACUUGUCUCGAUUCUUGCCUCACCUAUCGGAAACCUGCGAAGCUUUGCGACGUCUUACAGACAAAGGAGCCAUUUGGUCUUGGCAAUCGCAGCAGGAAGAAGCAUUUCAGAGUGUCAAACGUCUCGUAAGUCAUCAACCUGUACUCAAAUACUAUAAUGUCCAUCAGGAGGUCACAAUUCAGUGCGAUGCAAGUGAAGUUGGCCUUGGAGCCACAUUACUGCAAAAUGGACAACCCAUUGCCUAUGCCUCUCGUGCACUUUCUAAAACGGAACAGUGUUAUGCACAGAUAGAAAAAGAGUGUCUUGCAAUUGUUUUUGCAUGUGAGAGAUUUGACCAUUACAUAUAUGGAUGGCCCGAUACUAAAGAAGAUGUUCCUAUUCCAAUACGACCAUAUUGGAAUGUCAGAGACUCUCUCACAAUACAAGAUGGUAUUAUUUACCGCAGCAGCCGCGUUGUUAUUCCCAAAGCUCUUCGACCAGAAAUGCUACGCCGCACUCAUUCCAGCCAUUUAGGAAUUGAGGCUUGUCUACGCAAAGCUAGGGACUCAUUUCAGUCCAAUGGGAAAGCAGAGGCAACUGUGAAAAUUGCUAAGAACAUUGUGCGCAAGUCUAAGAAAAAUGGAGAUGAUUUGUGGAAGAGCAUCCUUGAUUGGAGGAACACCCCAACUGUUGACAUGGCCAGCAGUCCAUCACAGCGUCUUAUGUCACGAAGAACUCGGCAUUCAUUACCGUUGUCACAGGAAUUACUCCAGCCCAAACUCGUGGAAGAUGUAAUAGAUAAAGUGAAGUUCAAGAGACAAAAGGCUAAGUUUUACUAUGACAAAAGUGCUAAAGAACUUCCAGAACUUGAAAUUGGCCAACCGGACAGGAUGAAACCAAAUACAGACCCGGAAAAGAAAUGGAGUUACGUUACUUGCAUGGAAAACGUUGGAAAGCCCUCCUACAUUGUAGGGAUCAACAACAAACAAUAUCGCCGAAACCGUAGAGACCUUCGAGCAACAAACGAACCUUAUGAUGCCAAUUCGCAGUCGAUUCCAGAGUACGAUGAUGCACUUGAUGCACCGCCAGUCAUUACAGAAAAAUCCAAAGUAAAAGACCUUAAAGUUGCUAAAAUUCCAACUCCGCGAAAGCCUUGUGAACCAAAGACUGUUACCGCAAACCCAAUAAGCCUUCGAACAAGUUCACGUGUACCCAAACUUCCAAAGAAACUUGAGGACUAUGUUAUGUGA